AUGGAAAGCCAACUUACUAAUGUUAAGGAAUAUAAAAUUGUCUCCCUUAUAGCAAGAUUAACAGAGCUGCACUUUCAUGAUGGAAGGAAUGGAUGGACUCCUAACAUGAUUAAAUGGCACCAGAAAUUGGCAUGGCGGUUAAAUAUAUUAGUGGAAGAAGUACAAGGGCUGGCAUUGUGUACCAUCUCAAUGCACAACUUACUUCAUAUUCAUGAAGACAUCAUGAAUUUCUCAGCCUCGGAUAAUGUUUGGUGUGCAGGGUAUGAUACAGCUGUUAAGGAGCAUGUAAAGAAGUCUCACAAUGGAAAAAACAUCGAAGCUACAUUUGCCCAUGUAGAGUCAAUAAGAAAGUACUCAAAAUCAGUGGAGGAAAAAGAACAAACUAGCCCUGGAAAGCAUGAUGUUUUACUGGUGAGUUUGAAACUCUUGACAAAUUCACAUAACCCAUAAAUUUUUGUGAGUAAAAUAACAUUAUAAAACUCUGAAUUUCCCCUUCCCUUGUUCUAUAUUAUCUUUAUUAUUAUUAUUAUUAUUAUUAUUAUUAUUAUUAUUAUUAUUAUUAUUAUUAUUAUUUUUAUAGUGCAGAUAUAAUUUGCUGUUCAUGAGAGUAACAAGCUCUUGAUAUCCAGUGUGUCUUUUUCUUGUUUCUUCAUGUAGGGGAUGGCUUGCUCAAGUGAAACAGCCAAGGCACUGUGUGAAAUGGAGCCUCCUCCAAGGGAUGCUUUUCUCAUCGGUUCAGUAUCAAACAUUAAGCCUCUUACUAUGGGUGACCAAAACAAGAUAGCUGAACUGUUGUGUGUACCUAGUUGGAAAGUUCCAGAGGCCACAUUUGUUUCGAAGAGAUGUUUUAAACCAGACAUUGGUUUUAAUGGAACUGUUUUCACUUUUGGUGACAAUGUCAUAGUGUCCUCAAAUGGACAAGAACAUAUAGUCCAGCUGCAAGGAUUUUUUUCUGUCAACACUGAUGAUAACUUGAACAGUUUAUUAGGUCAUGGAUUUUUUUAUCCAUUACAUCUUACAGAGACUGGUGUAGUCGACACCCACUAUUGA